GUUUAAUAACAGUUGUUCAAAUCGGAAAAUGACUUGGCACUUGCAAUGUAGACCUAUCGAGAAAGCUAUUGAGAUCUUUGGGUUUUAGCACCAGCAGUGAAAUAAAGCAGGUUGUAAGAGUGCAAUCUUCAGUAAACGAACGGGAAACGUGGCAGGCGACGCGGCGUGGUUGGCAGCAGUUGGCAGUUUUAAGUUUCACCGACAGUACGUUAUUUGCCGUAACGGAGGAGACAGGAUUCAGAUUCAUUGAAAAGUUCGUCAAUCGAGUCCAAGUACAUUUCAAUUACGUACGAUAUCGGAUUAGUAGAAAAUAAUGAAGGUCUAUGCAGUUUUCUCAGGGUUUGUAGCCCUUCUUGUACUCGUUAGCUGUGAAGAUGACAUAGGAGAAGCUGCCCACCUCCUAGUAUCUAAACAAAUCCUCAAUAAGUACCUUGUAGAAACGAUGGACGUAGUAGUUAAGUACACCGUUCACAACGUAGGCAGUUCUGCUGCGCUGGAAGUGGAGAUAACAGACAAUUCCUUCCAUCCUGACAACUUUGCUCAUGUCAGUGGAGAACUGAAUGCAAGAUUCGACCGUGUGCCUCCUGGCACUAAUGUGAGUCACACGGUGGUUGUCAGGCCUAGAAAAUAUGGUUACUUCAACUUCACAGCUGCAGAGGUCUUGUAUCGUCGUACUGAAGACGCUCCUAGGCUGCAGGUUGCUAUUAGCAGUGAACCAGGCGAAGGUCUAGUAGUUGCUUUCAGGGAUUAUGACAAAAAGUUUUCCUCGCAUGUGAUCGAUUGGGCAGCAUUUGCAGUCAUGACUUUGCCCUCAUUAGCAAUUCCAUUUGCCCUGUGGUACUCAAGCAAGAGUAAAUAUGAAAAACUUUCAAAAAUCUCUAAGAAACAUUGAUCAUCGUUCGUCGGCUUGUGCAGAGCUAGAGUUAUGAGAAUGCUGAGAUGAUUAAUUUAAUUGCGAUUAAUGUAUAAAUAUUCGUGACUACAAGAGUGCGGCGUGAAUGUUUUGUCAUAACCAGACCUGCAUAAUUUUUUUUUGUAAUAAACGUUAUUUAUGAUAAAAA